AUGUUUUCUAAAGCUCCUCGUCCAGCUUCUUGCAAGCCUUUGAGUUCUAAAGAAGUUAUUAGCAUAUAAAAAGGUGCUACAGAUUUGGGAAAAGCUCUAUUUUAUGCUAUUAAACAUUAAGAUUAUAAACAUGCAUCAGAACUAGUUGCACUUGGGGCCCCUAUUGAAAGAUGCUAUGAAGUUGAAAAAGAUGUAUACAGAACAACUUGCAGUCUAUUAGUUGGAAUGAUUUGCACAGCGAGAAUUGCCAAGGGACAUAGAGAAAUCAGCUAUAGAAUUCCAGACAGAAUACUUGAUACAUUUAUUUAGCUAGGAGUAGAUUUAAGAUGCCAUUGCUCAAAUAAAUUUGAACACAGAUGUCCUCUCUUUGUCGCUCUGAAAAUUUUAAACGUCCAAAAUGAAUAGGAAUUAUUCAAAGAUAAAAAUCAAAUUGUACAAAAAUUGAUCAUAAAUGGAGCAACAAUAAAAAACCAUAUUUAACCCCACAAAACAUUCCAUAAUAUUCCUCACUUUGAUAUAGAAGGUAUAAGAUCCUACUUAAUAUCAAAAAGCUAGCUAGCUUCUGUCAAGAAGAGUGGAUCCCUAUAGACAGCAACUUCAAAUUAUCAUGAUAAUUGUAAAAACCCUCUUCCUUAUAAGCACAAUAGCGAGUUUAGCAAAACAGGAUACAAUUUUACCUUUUAAUACAAAUGA